CUCAGCUGUCAGUGACAUUUAUCUUCCAAGGGUCAAACUCAAAACUCAAAAAUGUAUUAUUUAAUUAAAAAUUUAAGUAGUUUUGUGAUUUUUCAUGACUGUGAUUGUGUAAUUAUAUGCGCACUGUAGUAAUAAAAGUAACCGUGGCAAUAUUUUAGUCAGUGAUACGGAUUACCAAUACAAAUCGAUGGAAAUUGAUAAAUGUAGUACGUUGUUAUUUGUGCAAAAACCCCUAUAUUUUUAACAUGAUGGUAUCUAAUGUGCAGUUGCAAGAAAAGUAUAACAAAAUCCGAAGAAAUUUUUGUUUUUACUUGGAUAUUCAAGAACCGAUACUAUCUAGAUCAAUAUCUCGACGGCUACAGGACAUGGGUCUGCGCGAGGAAGUGUUCCUGACGUCACGAGUGACGCACGUGGUGUGCGGCGCGGCGCCCGCAGCGGUCGCGCGAUGUGCGCGGCGUGAGGGCCGCGCGCGCGCCGAUGCCAUGCUGCAGCGGCUUGGCCAGCCGCAACCUCUACCGCAGCCGCAGCCCGCGCACAGGCACCCCUACGUGCAGCUCACCGUUCAGAAGGCUAUAAGUCUAUUGGAUAAACUGUAUGAUACGUUCUUCACGGCACCGCGUAAGGCGCAUGUCAACCUCUUCAGUAAACAUUUUCUCAAGAUUGAAUUUUUGGACAAAUUAUGCAGACCAGUUUACAAAGAGUUUGAUGAGUGGCCCCAAAUAUCAUUAGAACCCGAUCCACCCAAAGAGAAGAGAGAUAAGAAAGAGUCACCUGAAGUCCUUCUUAACGCAAUUCCAUCUAAUAACAACAUUUCCCAGAAAAUGACAAGAAAGAGUCGCCCCCGAAUAAAAGAGAAAGAGGACAAGGAACCCAAAGGGGGUUACUGUGAGAUGUGUAAUGCUGACUAUGUAGAUGCAGCACUCCACAGGCGGUCCCCCCGACACCUGGCCUUCGUCAGGGAUCACACCAACUUCCUGGCACUGGACUCGCUCAUCACCUCUGGUGCUGAUGUCUCCACAUUCCUGGAUAAGUCAACAUCUGUGAAUGGGGAGAGGAGGUCGUUGAGGAAACUGUGCAAUGGCGACGUAGAACCAAAGAGCAAAAGAUCCAAACAAUCUCAAUCGCCGGACAUAAACGGCACAAGUCCUAGAAGGAACGGUCUGGAUGAGGAGAAGAAACAUAACACACGAUGCAGCAAACGCACGAGCGAGUCACAAGCAUCAGAAGACCGUCAGUAUUACAAAGUUGUAGGAGUGAGCACCAAGUUGAGGUCCAGCGGGGGCUUUGCCCCUAAAAAGAAGGACUCCCCUCUGAGGAAUGGAACUAAACCUUUGGUGGUGAAAUUUAGAAAAGUGAGACGUUCAGAAUUAUCAGUAUUAAGUGAUGAAGCUGAACAAUUCAUGUUCCCCAAACGCGCAAGUUCCGCGAGCUCCACUUCUGAUGAUGACGAUGAGGAUGAUGAAGAAGAAAAGGUGGUGAAGAAUACUCGGAGAAAGCCAACCCCACAGCCGCCAGCACCUGAGAGACAAAGAUCAGCCAGACCAUUAGCCUUGAAGGAGGAGUCUUCAGAAGAAGACAGUUGGCCCGAAGACAAGAGAAGACGGAAGAGACGGGGCGCUGGCGCGGGCCGGCGCGGCAAGAAGCCUGCGCCGAAAGCUGUAGCUGUGCAGGAGUCUUCAGCGUUGCCCCCCAGUCCUGUGCCGCCUGUAGUGGAGGCUCUACCGGAGGCUGAAGUCAGCCCGUUGAGAGAGGAGCCUGUGGAGAAGUGUAUGAAGUGGGAGGACGGCAGACUCAAGUACACGCCGGCUGUGGAGCAGUUGGAGUUUGCGUUUGAGUGUGUGCCGCACAGCGAGCCGUGGUUUGAGACCUUCAAGCGGCAGGACCAAGACAAACUGGUUACCAAAAAUGUGCCACAGUACUUUGAACUAUAUUCUAGAUCAGCUAAACUGCCAUAUGAAAUUGGUCAACUACCACCAUUAAAACCAAACUGUUGUCCUUUGAGCGACUUAGUCAAACGAGAGGAGAAACCAGGCCCCUCUAGAUCAUAUGGUACGAGAGGAAUGAAAAAACAGAGAAUAAAGAAGAGAACUGCUGCUCUGAUAGCUCUUGAAAGUCACCCCAGGAAAUCUCCUAGAGAACACGCAUCAACCCUGGCUAUACUCGGAUCUGCAGGGUUGUUGCAGAGACGGAAAAAUGCUGAUGAUGCAAAGUCAACAGCUUCAGAAGACACCAUGAGUGAUGUUCCUCUGAGUAUGAAGAUUGAACCGGUUUUGUCUGAAACGCAGGAAGCCUCGGAGAGACUGCAACAAUUUCUGUCUGAAGUGUUUGAUGAACCCACAGACUAUGAUGUAUCUGAAGGUUUUGUAGGUGAGGAGACUACCGUCAUAGCAGCAAAGAACCUUCCAGAUUUGUCGAGCUUAGUUUCCGAGUGUGAAGACUGUGAUAUAAUUCGGAACGAAAUCAAGCAGUCAACAGCGAACCGGGGACGAAGUAGACGAGGAAAGUUCAAGAAGAACAAAACAGGGUGGCCAAACAAAAAACGGCAUAACAAAAAGGACUCCUUGAUUGUCAGCAGUACAGAGUUGGAGAAUGCUGAUAGUCUGGAUCGGUCGUCUGCAGAACCUCCUGAAGAUGAUACAACGCAGGACACUAUGAGCGAAGCAACUUUGUCGGAAACUGAGAAAGACGAGGACACUUUAAUUGAAGAUACUUCACAAGGUGAUGACGAGACAUUGAAAUCUUCAAAUGAAACUGCAGAAAAAACAGUACCAAUGGAUGUAGACAGAGAUGAUUCGUUAACAGAUGAUCAUCCCUUACAACUGGACUUGAAAGUUGUUGUACACGACAAUGAGAAGUCCCCUUCAAAAGUGGAGAGUGAGAAAGAGGAGAACAACACAUCCCUGUCAUCGUCUGAUGGAGAGGAGUCAGAAGAGAAGACGAACAGGAAAAAUAGGGUUCUACAAGGGUUACUCCUCCAGCCUAUAGUGAGGGUCGCCCGAGUUGACACGUCCGCUGGUCGAAGGUUGCGGUCAGCAGGGCGGGCGCGACCGCACCGGCCCAGCUAGCGUAUACACACCCGACUCAGUGGAUGAAGUGAAGUGUAAAGUGAAUAAGAAUAUAGUGGAGUGAAAUGAUCACACCAGUGGACUAUAUACUGACGUUGCAACUCCUAUUUGCUUCUUUGAGUGACUUGUAGAAUUUAAUUUCUAGACUUAUUUGUAGAAGUGACAGAGACAUAACACAGGAAUAAUAAUAUAUUGUGUUGUAUUUAUUCUAUUUAUCUGAUUAUAAUUGUGCAUGUCCCAAGUGAUAGAAACUAUACUCAACAAGUAUUAAUUGAUUUGUAUGUGGAUGCAUUGUCAUUUCUAUACAUAUUUUUCUGUACAAUCUGUCACUUAGGAUGUGCACUUAUAAAUGAGUUGUGGCAACGUUGAAACUGGUUUUGAAGAUAAAUCAGUAUACUGAGCCAAUGUAAACCAAAAUCGACAACUUAAGCUUAGGUAAUUACCACCAAAAUAUGUCAUACUUUGUACAGACAAUAGACCCAACCAACCAAGGGACAGUUUUUGUAUGGUCUGAGAGUUGUCCAACUUUUCUAGAUUUAUGAUACAGUGGCCCCAAAUUACAUUACAAUUACCAUAGUAUUACGUAAGGUGGCAUUAUUUAUAGUCUUGCUAAGCAAGUAGCAAAGAUUACAAAGAUUAUUUUAAUAAAAAUCAUUGAUGAUUUUGAAAAAAAAAAAUCACUGCCACUUGAUGAAAAAAGACAUUGUCAAUGUUGUUUUAUUGAAAUAAGUGAUUGUAAAAACAAUGUAAUGGCUGAUAUUUUGAAUCAUACAUCAAGAUGCAUAAUUGACACUUUGGGCUUAUCUUAAAAAACUAUUGUUUUUAUUGUAACCUUCAUUUUGAAAUACUUAAUUUCACUACACACUAAAUGAAUUUUUCUUUAAAUGCAAAAUUAGUCAAUACUAUGAAUAAUGCUGCCGUACUACAAAAGACUUUAUCUUAUUAAUAUCCAUUUUUGAGAAAUUGCAUUUCUCAGCAAGUCUAUGAGUCAGGGGGUUUUGAGUCUUAAUAAAAAUAUUUAAAUGACAGUAUAUGUAACCAUAUGCGAGGACCUCAUUCAUGAGAGUUACCACAAAACACUGUUUUUGAAGAUACAGUGUAUUGCCACAGCUAAAACUACUAAGUUUUCUUUUGUACAUAGAUGGUUGACUAACAAUAUCCAUUUUAUAAGUUUUCUUCUAUGUGUUAUUUACAAUGGAAAAGCUUUUUUGUUUUCUUUAUGAAAGGCAUAAAAAGUAGAUUUCUGGGCUGUGAAUAAUUGAAAAAAAAAACUAAACUUUUAGAAUAUUGAUUUUGUAUACAGCUCUAUAUUAAAAAUGACAAAUGUGUUACAAUGCACUUCACAAGUGUCAUACAAUCUGUAUUUAAAGAUGAAGAUUGAUAUUUAUCAUUCAUUUCAAGCUUACUGCUACUCCAUAUAUAAUAUAGAUAUACAGGGUUUUAUUUAGUUAUUUACUACCUAAAUGUUCAAAAAAAUUACAGAUUACCCGAACCUAUUAAAUAAAAAAAAACCUUGAUGAUAGAUUUGAACAAUUUUUAAACAGUUUAGUUUGAUUAAUGAUUGACUUGAUGUGAAUGAUAAAUUCAAUAUUCAUGAAACAAAACUGGCCUACUACACCUUAUAGUCAGAGACUAUAGUUGAUAACACUCCCAUGAUAUGCGGGCGACGGGCGGAAAUACUGCGCGGGUGUGAAAUUGUGCGUGCGGGGAAGUGACGUCUAUCAGUCGUGGGUUUUUCAUUCAUCGCUACACGCCACCCUGCCCGCGAGCAACAUCGGAAGUGUUACGAAUGAGGAUGCCAAGCUAUACACUAUGCCCCAUUCAUUAACAUGAAUUGAUAUUUAAACCUGAAUUAUCUUCAAAGUAAAGUGGACCAUAUCACUUCUGUUUAAAGUUCACUUAACUACAAAUUUCUUCAAAGUAAAGUGUACUUUAAAUAGGUUUUAUCCAUGUUUAAAAAGAAACAUAUAUACAGCCGAACGUAGAACCUCCUCCUUUUUGGAAGUUGGUUAAAAACAAAAUAAGGCUGUAAGGAAAGCACUAGGAGAAUUACAAAAAUGUAUAAAAACCUAUAAAAUGUAAAAACUACUAAUUUAUUUACUGUAAAAUAAUUUAUGUUUUCGAAUACUUAGCUAAUAAUUUAAUUAUUUUUUUCUAUUGAUUUUGAAAGAUUUUUUUUUGUUUUCAUUGGAGUUUGACACUGAAAAAAGGGAUGUGUGAUAAUUAUUUUUUGUUUUUAUUAUUUUCCAUACUGUUCGUUAUUUUUUUUUUGUCUUAUACAACUUGAUUUCAUGUGAAUUUGUUUUAAUGCUGAUGCCAUGUCGUGAGUUAUAAGAUAAAACUUAAUUGAAACAAUUAGUGGCAGAGGCUAGAUACUUAUCAGAGUAGUUUUAUACAAAUAAAGCGAUUUUAAUUUUUUCCUCAACCAAACAUAAAUAUUGCAUACAACUUUGUCAGGAAUUUAGAACAUAGGGUAGGUGAUCCUACUCUUAACCCUUCAGGAAAAAUGUUCCCAAGGGAUAUAAAAACAUUUACAUUGGUAGCUUGUUAAGGUUAAUUUAUUAAAAACGGCAGUUCAGCCCGAUCAGAAAAAUAGAAUUUUUUGCCAUCUUGUGGAAAAAAAUGGAACUAAUUUCUUCUAUUUGCCUAUAAGUAUUGUAUUCAUUACAAUAGAGAAUGGCAACCCCAGACAAAAUUUCUCUGAUUCACUAUAAAACAAUUUUGUAAAAAGUUACAUGAUCUAAAUGUUAAUUUUCCUCUAUUUCAAUUAAGACACAAUUUAAAAGUGGAAUAUGUAUUUAUUUUUGGUUCUGAAAGAGGUUCAUACCAAUUUAGUAAAGAUAAUUAUUAUUUAUAUAUUGAUUAUAUAAGUAAUAAUAAUAUCAUAACAUGAUUAUCCUUUAAAAUUCCAACAAAUUUAGUCGUUACUUAUUGAAGGUGUGAUAUUUAUUUCGUUAUUCGUAGCUGUUUGUUUAUUUUUUUGAAAACCAUAGACAUAGCCAAAAACGAGUAUUGUUCUCCUGUUUCUUUUUUUUUUAAUGAAAUAAAUGUCGCUUUUUGUUACUUCAAAAUAGACAUUCCUUUAGAGAUUGACGUCAGCAUACAUUUCUAAAUACAGUUAAGUGUCACAAAGAUGUUACAGAUAUUAUGUCAUUAGUUGUGAAUGUUAUGGCAUUUUAUACUCCUACAACAUGCCUACAACAAAAUUGGAUCUUACAUAAAUAAUUUUAUGGUAAUUUAAAAAUAACAUGAAAUGACAGAUUCAUUGUUUUUAUGUGUAAUGACUAUAUAGAACUGUCGUGAAAAAGAUCUUUAUCUGCAAUAUUUAUCAGGUUUUUUGUUGUUGUAAAUAGUGUUAAUUUAAGUUUUGUUGAACUGUGAGUAUUGUUUGCGUGAUAGUGUUGGCAGUAAAUUGAUAUACUGUUUAGCAAAUAUAUAGAAACUAAAUAAUCGACGUUUACUCGAUUAAAACAGUAACACCAAACAUAGUUGGUUCUGUUGAUCUCAAUUUAGUAAAAAUAUAUUUUAAAACUAAAAAUAUUUUUUUUUUAGUCUAUUUAUUUAUUAUUGGUAAACAACAUCUAAAAUUAACUUUAAUGUCAUUUAAAAAAUUGGUUGCCUGUAAAGUCGGUAUACGGGCGAAAGUUUUACGUGACAACGACUUUGAGUGGUAAAAUAGUUUUAAUGUGAAUAUCCAUAAUUUGAACCGGUGUGUAUGCCUAUCUCUCUCACUCUCUCUCUCUCUCUCGCUCUGUCUCUCUCGCUCUUAGGCGGGCCAACUGUGCUCGAGUGGAAGGGACGCGUGCCUCUCACUCGCUCUCAUUGUGAGCGCAUAACGUGAGCGGAGCGUAACGCAGUUUCUUGAAGUGUCACCCGGCAAACCAAUUUAUAAGACGUUGUCACGUCAAAAUUUUCAUGGUGUAAAAUUGCAGGUAUUUCGCGUCUGUCUUUUGAAUUUUACUUUUAUUUUGAGUUAGAACUUAAAUUAGCUUAUAAUGAUGAUAUUUUAAAAGAUAAUUUAUUUUAACGUUUUUUUGAGUAUUGUCUAUUAUAUACAAAGUUGCUACCACACCUUCCCGACAUAGUGUCGUGAAACUUAAUGUAUUUCAGCUGAUUCUGAAGGCCUCUUUUUUGCUUGUUUUACAAAAUCAUUCGGACAGGUUUCGAAUGGAUUAUGACUUCGGAGUUUUUUUUUUGUUUAUGAAAGGCUUAAAAACUAGAUUUCUGGGUUUUGAAUAAUUGAAAAAAAAGACUUAACUUUUUUAUUUAAAUGAAUAUGUGAAUAUUGGUUUUACAAAUGGUUUACGACUUACGGAGUCUUUGUUUAGAAGUUUGUUGUUUUUAUGUUUAGCUAACACUAUUGCACAAGCAAUUCGAUGAAUUUGCACUGAGAGCUUAGCCUGUAAAUAAAUUGAUGUUCUUUCGUAUGCUUAUGGUAUGUUUUAGUUUGGAUGGAAGUUGUUAAUAUCCAGUUUCGUCAGUAAAGUUGUAAAAAAUAAAAGUAAAAUAUUCGUA